AUGGAAUUUGUUUCAGUCAUUUUCCAAAAUCAUUGGAAAUUAAUUGCGAGUACAUUCACAAUUAGUAAAUUUUUAUGGGAUUUUUAUUUACAUAAUAGACAAUUGAAAAAAGUUGAACAAACAGAAGUUCAAUUUUCAACUGAACAAACUGAUUUAGUAGUCAAUGAUAAAUCAAGUCAAGCUUUGUCUAAUCUCAAGGAUUUGUUAAGAUUACAUACUGAUAAAUUGGGUUUUGAUUUAAUUAGAAAUUUAAUUAUUAUUAAUUUUAACGUGUACCAUAAAAUUUGGACAGUAAGCGGUACAAUCAACGAGUUGUUAUCAUUUAUAUUACCUAUUAACUCAGUAUCUCAAACUGUUUUAUUUUCGGUUGUUUCGAAUGGGUUAUUGUUUAGUUGGGGUAUACCUAUACAAUUUUAUAGUGAAUAUUUUGUAUCAAAAUUUCCUAAACAAGAACCACCCUUGAAAUGGUUAGUGUAUAAUUUUUCAAAAUUUGUUUUGAAAUGUAUUGGAGAUUCAUUUAAAAUAUUUGGGUUUUUAAUGUUAGCUAAAUUUGCUAAAUCUUUUCCAAUCUGGCAAAUCUCUUUAGGUUUUUUGGUUUAUACCAUUGUCAAAGUAUCUUUAACUCCGUUGUUUGUUAAGAUUGUAUUUCCUGGAUAUUUGAAACCACUUCCAAAAGGUGAAUUAAAAGAUGAAUUAACAAAAGUUUGUGCUGAAGUUGGUUAUGAUCCUGAAUCAAUUUAUUUAUCUGAUUUUUUCGGUGGAAUUGGUUAUAAUUAUUUACCAAAUUGUGUUUUAGCAAAUGAAAGAUUAAUUGAUAAAUUUACAACAAAAGAAUAUUCGUCAAAAGUUUUGCUGGUGAUAUUUACAAUUACUUUAAAUGCUAAUCUCAACCAAAAAUUAAGGGAAACUGCUGAGCUAUAUGUUAAUUUAUUAUUUUUUGAUUAUUUUUUUAUAAAUGAUAACACCAUAUUAACACAAUUUGGAUUUACUGGAAAUCAAGAUGAUUUAAUUUUCAUCAAGUAUUUGAUAUUCAAUCAAAUUUUCUUACCUUUCAACCUAGUUAUAAAAUCAUUACAAAAGUACAUUGAUAGAUUACAUAAUCAACAACUUGAUGAAGAAACUUACGAAAUUUAUAAACAAAUAUUUAUUAAUAGUUUGAAAAAAACUCAAAAUAAUAAUGAUUUACUUGUCUUUGAAAGUGAUUAUUUGUAUAAUAUAUAUUAUACAAAUUUACCAGAUAUUGGUAGAAGAAUUAAGUAUUUGGAACAACUUGAUAAAGUUGAGAAAAUUGAUUGA